AUGGGUGAGGGAGAGAGAGAGAGAGAGAAGGGGGAGGGGAAAGCAGUCAUUUUACAAGGAGUGCAAGCCAGAGGAUCUGACAUUGAGUGACCUGGUUGGAAAUCAUGCGAGCAACAUAUUUCUUCAAAGGAAUGACAAAAAUAGCCCCGAAAUUAUGUCAUAUACAGCAAGCUCUGUUUAUUGUGGGAUCCAGGCAUAAAUGAGUUCCAAGCAAGCUUGAACUUCCUUGGACAGUCCAUCACAUGGCAGAUUUGCAAUGGGAAAACAAAUGUAGUCAAAUUAAAUAGAAGGAGUAAGAGAUUAUCAGUCCUUAUCGCCUGUGUCUUGGAACAUCCAAUUCCCCUCGGAGGCUAAAAACAGUCAGAUGCACUCACCCUGCUGGCUGGCUGGCUGGCUGGCUGGCUGGCUUGUGACAACCUUUGGAUCUAUUUGAUUGAAAUGCCUUUUUCACAGCUCUCAUUUCUAAGUAAAAAAUUAAAAAUGCAGGUAUUUGAGUAUGAAGGCUGACACAAUCCUGGGAAGGUACAAAAUGACUUUUGGAAAGAGAACCCUGGUCUGCCUUAUUGGUAAGUUUCUGCUUUUGAACAAUGGGGUGAAAUGUUAUUAUAAUUAAGUCCUAUCAUAUAUGCUUGACCUGGUAGUUUACAAAGGGACACAGCUGAUUAUGCAAAGUGUUUAUGUUUCCUGGGAGGAUCUUGAUUUCAUCCAUAUUAAUGUAUUUUAAGUGGAUAAGACAUUUGUCGCACACCACAAAGUAUGCACCUCCUUUCUGAUGUGAUCUGUUCCCUGCUACUUUAUUGUAACAGUAUUGAACAUGCACUGGCAAAGCAAUCAAGGACAAAUAGCUAUGGAAUCUUGUCAGCCUGAGUGGGAACAAAUACUCAAAGCAGUGACAUUUUGCAGCUGUCCAGGCAUAUCCCAUUUUACACUGUAAGUCAAGCUUUCGGUGUUUCUUCUAUAUAUAAAAAAAUUGCACGUGCAUACGGAACUAGUGAGCCACAAGAAAGAAUUCUAGCCUAGUUUUCUCCCUGACAUUUGUUUUGUAUGUAGAGGGAGAUACGUUUAAUAUGGGAAAUCAGGAGAAUUCAAACAUACUAUUUCUCCCCUUUCAGUCUGCAUUGGUAUGACCCAGGAAAAACUGCACCAUGUGACUGCUCUGAUUCUAUGUUUCUUUCAGCUUAUCGGUCACUUAUCAAUAGAUGGUUGCACUAUUGAGUUGCGUUUUGCACGUAUGAACGAGCCAUUAUGGAUCAGAUAUUAAAGACAGGAGUUCCUUAUCUCAUGUCAGGGAACUGCCAUCGGACGGAAGGGAGGUGAAAGGGCUCACACAGGUUGGGAGAGACGCAGCAGCUGAAGAGGGAACCAACAGGGAGGUGAAAGGGCUCACACAGGUUGGGAGAGACGCAGCAGCUGAAGAGGGAACCAGCAGGGGAGAGGAGCUGAGCUGGAGGGAUGGCUCAGAGACACUUCCAGCGAAAACAGUGGGGAAGUUUCAGGACCUCCUGUAAGAACACCCACUCCUCGCCGGAAACUGUCACGCAGAGAUUCCAGAAGACGUGUUUCCGUUAAGGAGCUUUUAUGUUGGAAGCAAUUACGAAAGCAACCACUGUCGGAAUCUGCUAGUGACUAGAGUAGCCAUGUCUGAGGGGCUCCGUCACAGACAGAGGUUUGUGGACUUGAACAAACUCUGAGGGGAUACGAUUUUACGCACAAGCAGCUCAUCAUCCCAUCACAGCAUUCCGACAGUCUUUGAAAGCAGCUUGUGCAGGAGAAGGCAUCAUGAGCAACCCAGCCGGAACCGGAGAAGCAGGAGCUGGAGCGGGUCCAAGCCUGGAAGAAAGGUACCAGAUGUUGGAGGUCCAGCUAGCGAUGCAGACGGCGAGGCUUGAGGAGAGGAGGGCUCAGGAUGCAGACAAAAGGGGAAAGCCACCCAGUUUGCCAGAAAGGUACCAGGAUUGGUGCAGAAGGUUGGGGGGGAGCCCAAAACUAUCAUGGUUUUCGGACAGAAAUGCAAUAUGCCCUCAAUCUGCAGUUUGAUGAAUUCCCUGACGAGGAAUCACGAGUGGCUUUCGUGAUUGAGCAUCUUGAAAAGGGGGCGAGAGACUGGGUUAGACCCCUGAUGGCAGCUAAUAGUGACGUCUUAAAGGACACGAUGAAGUUCUUUCGCGCCAUGGAUCUGAUGUUUUCCAGCGAUAUUGAAAAGGGAGUGGUGCGCAGACAGUUAAUGGGUUGCAAACAGGGGAGCCGAUCUGUCCGUGAGUACUGGACUGAGUUCACCAUGCUUGUUCACAGAUUGGGGUGGGACUUAUCGGCGGAACCCAUUCAGAUGCUCUUUGAAGAAGGGCUUUCUUCGGCUGUGAAAGACGAACUUUCCCGGGCGCCCAGGGCGGAGUCUAUGGACCAGCUGACCAAAUCAGCGCUGGCCAUAGGAGCGCGCCAGGAGGCGAGAGCAUUGGAGAGGCGGGAAGGGAAAGGGGAACGUUGGAAGGAGUUCCGCAUUCCAGACAUUCCAGAGCCAACUUUCCCACCGGCAGAGCCGAUGGAAAUCGGAACAGCGCGCGCGCGCAGUUUCAAAGCCCAGUGAAGGGGCAAAGAAGGAGGGAAAAGGCGCCCGGAAAUGCUAUCUCUGCCAACAGCCAGGUCACUUUGCCAGAGUCUGCCCCCAGAGGAAAGAAUGGCAAGGGAUGGUAGGAGCUGUGGAUGGAAGAGAGGAAAAUAUACCGGAGCAAGUAAAGCCAACGCCUGGCUGCCACUGUCAGGGCACAGCAGCCAGGCCAAAGAGCAGUGAGAGUGCCCACGCCAGAACCUCCUAAACCCGCCCUAGUGAUAGAAGUGACGCUAGAGCUGCCAAACGGACACCCUCUAAAGAUAAAGGCGCUGUUGGACUCAGGCAGCUCCUGCAAUUUCAUGAGCAAAGAGUUUGCAGCUGAACACCAGAUACAGACAAUCCCUUUAAGCAGCCCCCUGCAGGUGACCACUAUCGAUGGCAGGGAGCUGUUGGGUGGAGAAGUCAGCUUGCAGACCGUCCCAAUGAUAAUGAGGUCGCAAGGCACACCGGGCAGUAGCUUUAAUGUGGCCACCUGGGGAGGAGCUCCCAUUAUUUUGGGUAUGAGCUGGCUAGCGUUACAUGAUCCGGUGGUGGGUUGGAAUCAGAGAGUGGUUUCUUGGUUCAGCACAUUACUUAGAACACUGCAAAGAGGAAGGGUUUGGCAGGGUCCAAGUACCUAGCAGGGACUGAGUAACAGAGAACGUGAAGGUACCACGACAAUAUGCAGAUCUCCAUUAGCGUCUUCAGCGAAAGGAAGCUGACCAACUACCCCAGCAUAGACCCUUUGACUGUCAAGGUAACACUCCCGGGAGCACAGCUCCCUGUAGGCCAGCUGGACGCCCUGUCAGACCGAGAGAUGCAGGAGUUACGAGAGUUCAUUGACAAGAACCCUGAAGAGAGGGUUCAUCAGAGUCCAGGGCGGUGGGGCAGCCAGUGUUUUUGUGAGAUGAAAAACACGAACAAGCCGAAAACAGUGUGACUUCAGGGCCUUAAAUGCAGUGUCAGAACCAGUAGCCUUCCCUAUCUUAGGAUUGACGACAUUUUGACAAGGGUGCGGAAGGGAAAGGUGCACAAAGCUGGACUAAGGGGGCGUACAACCUGGGUACGAAUAAGGAAGGGGGAUGAAUGGAAAACCACUAUGUUCACCUUUAGGGGCAUUUGAAUAUUUGGUUAUGCCCUACGGCCUACAAGCAGGCUCCGCAACAUUUCAAUCGUUUAUGAACCACGUCCUGGGGCCUUUGCUUUACAAGAAUUGUGUGGCCUUUUUAGGCGACGUGUUGGUGUAUUCUGGGUGACGAGGAGCAGCAUGAGAGACGUCAGAGAAGUGUUGAGCAGGCUGCAAGCCAAGCCAGCUGUGGGUGAAACUGGAGAAGUGUCAGUUUCAUGCCAAGAGUGGAAUUCCUGGGGUAUGGGAUUCUGUCAGACAAAGGAUUGGCCAUGGAUCCGGCAAGGUCAGAGCGGUGCUGGAAUGGAAAACACCCAAAACAAGAGGAUGUGCAGAGGUUUCCUGGUUUGGGAACUGCUCAAUAGUUCAUCCGAAACUUUGCCCACCUGACGCCCGUACGGACUGUCUCAGUCAAGAGGUUCGUGUGGACUGAGGGCGGAGCGAGCAUUUGAGGAACUAAGGGCCUUCGCCUCGGAACAGCAACUCCUGCCUGUGGAUUUACAAAAACCGAUGAGAGUGGAAACGCAUCAGACAGAGCGGUGGGCGGUGCUUCUGCAGCCAGGCAGAAGGGGGUCAGAGUGGAACCGUGUGCCUUUUUCGCAGCUGAACAAAUCCGAGAGGAACUUCACGGUGUAUGACCGAGAACUACUAGCCAUUCAUGAGCGUUCCGGAGAUGGAGGCACCUGCUAAUUGGCGCACAACAUAGGUAAGUGUGCACUGACCACAGAACCUAGAGUAUUGGAGGACGGCACAUGAGUGCUCAACCAACGGCAAGUGAGAUGGGCCCAGGGUUCUCCAAAUUUAACUUUGAGAUUAGUUACGUGCCAGGCCCAGAGAACACCCUUAGAGUGGACCUUCUCUCACGCAAACCUGAAUAUUUGGAGGAGGGCACCCGAAGAGAGACAUGUCAUUCCAGAAGACCGCUGGGUGUGGGGCGGCAUUGGUGGGACAAAGAGAACUGGUAGAGAGCAGAGAAUGAUGAAUACGCCCAGAAUAAGCUCAGAGGUCUUAGGGGUGAUGGAGAGGAACCAGGGGUUUUGAGGAAAGAAAUGGAGCUUUGUACAAGGGCACUGUAUAUCCCCUGAAGAAGGAGAGUUAGGGAGGUACUCAAGCAGUUGCUCGACAGCCCUACGUGGGGCAUUUUGGACAACACAAAACCAUGUGGUUGGUCACCAGGAAUUUUGGUGGCCCUAAGGUGAGGAAGAUGUCGUGGGUAUGUAAGAGGGUGCGACAAUGCCAGCGAGCCAAAGGGAAAGCGGGCGCCGGCGGGCUGUGGAGCCACCCCCACCAACCCCGACCUUGGGAGGCAGUGUCGAUAGAUUUUAUGACUGAUCUGCCGAAGUCCAAGGAAAACAGCCAUCAUGGUGGUGGUAGACCUACUAACAAAGAUGUGCCACUUUGUAAACUGCAUGCAGUCACGGAAGAGACAGCAAGAGUUAUUUGUAGAAAACAUUUUAGGUUGCAGGGUGCCAUUGAGGUGGUCUCCAGACCGAGAAAACAAUUGCCUUCCAGGUUCUGGAGGAAGCUCAUGAGCUUACUGCAGGUGAAGUCAAUUUUCGGCUGCCCGGCACCCUGAAACCAACGGGCAGAUCGGAAAGAGCAGCGGUGUCCUCCAGCAAUACUGAGGUGUUAUGUCAAUGACAGAAAUGACUGGGUAGAAAAGUUGGCGCUGGCGGGUUGCCUACAACAAUGCCGAGAAUGUGUCCUAGGAUGAGCCCCUUCUUGGCUAAUUAUGGAAUGUCAUCAGGGCUUUCCCAGGGGAGAGGGGGGGAGAUGGGCGUCUGGCAGCCCGAACAUUUUGUGAAAUGGAAGCAAUCCAUCGUCAGCUCCAACUCAACUUAGAAAGGGCGAGGAAGAAUACAAGGGCAGGCAGACAGAACCCGAAGGAAGGUGAAACCAUAAGGGUGGGAGAUAGAGAAUUGUGGCUGUCAGCGGGUUGCCGUUCAAGGAGUUGUAAAUUAAGACCCAGGAGGUUUGGUACCUUUGAGGUCAUUCUACAGUUCAACCCAGUUGCUUUCAGGCUCCGGUUACCAAACCUCAUUAAAAUGCACACAGUAUUUCACAGGUCGUUUCUGUCACCGUACGAAGGGGACGAAGGGCUGGCCCCUCGGGGAUUGAUCGUAGAAGAAAGAAGGUGCGGUUGGCCCUUGGCAGAAAUCCUCGACGCCAGGUGGAAGGGGGAUCAGGUGGAGUAUUUGGUAGCGUGGGAAGGAGAACCGGAGUCAGAAAACACUUGGGUAAUGGCACAGAAGAUAUGUGUGAAGACCAGUAGAAACGCGUUUGCAUCAAAGGUUCCAAGGAACCUCAGCCUGUGGAAGGUUCCGGAGGAAUGCUGGGACCACUGAUGAAGGGGAGGAGUUGGAAGGAUUCCCGGACUCGGAAGGGAAGGGGAGAUGGACUCUGAGGAGGAGGUGUACUUGAGGACCAGGAACCGCAACAGGUUGAGAAGUGUUCGAGACAUCGGAAGAUGAAGGAAGUUCAUUACGGGGGUUUGGCUCCUCACCGCCCCGUAGAAGGAGGGCGAGAGGGGGUUAAUGGGGCCCUUGAGGGGAGGUUGAUGUCAGGGAACAGCCAUCGGACGGAAUGGAGGUGAAAGGGCUCACACAGGUUGGGAGAGACGCAGCAGCAGAAGAGGGAACCAACAGGGGUGAAGGGCUCACAGGUUGGGAGACGCAGCUGAAGAGGAACCAGCAGGGAGAGGAGCUGAGCUGGAGGGAUGGCUCAGAGACACUUCCAGCGAAAGCAGUGGGGAAGUUUCAGGACCUCCUGUAAGAACACCACUCCUCGCCUUGUCACGCAGAGAUUCCAGAAGACGUGUUUCCCGUUAGGAGCUUUUAUGUUGGAAGCGAUGCGAAAACAGCCACUCUCGGAAUCUGCUAGUGACGAGAGUAGCCAUGUCUGAGGGGCUCCGUCACAGACAGAGGUUUGUGGACUUGAACAAACUCUGAGGGGAUACGAUUUUACGCACAAGCAGCUCAUCAUCCCAUCACAUCUCAUAUGGUGUCAGAUCACAAAGAGCUACAAGUCUUAGAGCGCUGAGUCACCUAGUGAUAAGAGCUCAAAUAAUGUGUGCACAUGGACACACCUGCUCCUUGCGCUUUCAAUUUCAUUUGGGGGAAGGGCAGUGUACAUUAUUUGCAUGCAGAAGGCACCAGAGUCAGUCUCUGACAUCUGUUUAAUGGAUCAAAUAGCAGUUUAUGUGAAAGUCUUGACUACCAGAAAGACAGAAUAAUAGACAAAUAUUCUGACUGGCCAUAAGGCAACUUUCUAUAUUAAUUUGUAAUUUUGAUUCUAUAGGUAUGGUACUUUUAUCUUUAUGGUCUGUUGUUCGUAUGUAUACCCUUCUGAUGUAGGGUCAGGGGGGUUGAAUAGGAAAUGCAUGCAUCCUGGCUAUACCACCUUUGGGUUUGGGCAAAUUGGGCAUAGGUACAUGCCAAGUUAGUCAUCGCACCUGUGUGAUAAAGGAUGGAUAAAGUUGUCCCAGCUGUCUGGAACUUGAGUCUUGCAGAAGUUGCAGCUGCCAAGAGGAGUGCAAAUAGGCCUUUAAAAUAAGGUGUGAAAAACAGGAUAGCCUUUUAAAAGAGGAAUCUGGCAAAGGAUCCCACCAGGAGCAUAACUUAAUAGAUGUUAUGUUUCUUAAAAUAUUUUUCAUUAGCCAUAGCAAUAAACAUAAAUGAUGAAAAAUUCAAGAAAAUGUUAGCACAAUGAUGUUACAGAGAUAAUCGUGGAAAUUUCAAGAAUUUAAUUUUAAUUUGAAUAUAUUGCAGGGACAAAGAAUCUUACAACAGACUCAACUUUCAAGGAAGGAGCUUGAGAAUUACAAACAACCUAUUAUCUAAUCUUAGGCACUGCAGGACACUGACUUGUGUGUGUGUGAAUGUACCACUUUAGAAGAAAGGAGGUGGAUUGUACCCAAAAUGAGUGUGGAUGGAGUUAUCCUACAGAGUAUGAGGUGAGAAUAACUGGAUAUAGUUAAAGAAAUGUAAAGUAUGUAGAUAUAGAACUAUAGGGUAGAAUACAAUAUAUGAUAAGAUAAAUGUUUAUUAUUGGGUUGAAGGGAGAUCUUGUUUAAGAAAAAAUGAUUAAAUAAAGCCGACGUUUGGGGAAAAUAAGGAAUAUAUAAGAAAGAUGCAGUAGAUGGGGGGAUAGGGAAAUUCUUUCUAAACUUUCAAUCCAAAAAUGUGUGUGUGUGUGUGUGUGUGUGCGCACGCGCAAAAUUUCUAUACUGCCCUUCAGCCAAGGAUCACAAGGCGGUUUAUAAUAUAAAAACACAAAAAUACAAAACAUCAUAAUACACAAUACAAUACUCCCUCACCCAACCAUGUAGUUUAAAAGGCCAUAGAUUGUUUGCUUAGUCAAAGGCUGGGAAAAAGGGAUUUUUUUUGCCAGGCACAAAAAAUGCAGAAGAAAAUGUUGCAUAUGCCCACAUAGAUUCCCUGAAGAAACAUCCUAAAAAUGAUGGCAGUGAAUGAGGAUUGGAAUGUAACAAUUAUUUCUUAAUUGUCCUGGACUGAUUGAAUGUACCUGUAUGUAAUACACCACUCUAGUCCACCAGUGACCAAUUUGAUGCCCACAAGAAGCCCACAAGCAGAACCUGAGCUGAGCAGCACUCUCUCCAUGUUCAGUUCCCAGAAAUUGGGUUCAAACGUAUAUUGCCUCCAACAAUGGAGGUAGAACACAGCCGCCAUGGCUAGAUUGAUAGUCUCAACCUCCAUGGAUUUGUCUUCAUAACUCUGCAAGCUUUGAGAUGACACAGAAGCACACCUGGAAUCUUUGAAUGGGCCACAGAGAUGCCUUGGUGCUCUGCCCCAUCCCUAGUCCCAACAGAAGGAUAGAUUUAUUGAGACAAAUUAGUGGGGGGGACGGGACGAAGGGACAUCAUGGAUUCCCUUGAAUUACGGUCUCUCAUAAGGCUGCAAUACCAGGUUACUAAGCACAUGCCCUGGACUAAAUGUGCUUAGAACUGAGGUAUGCUUUUGUCCUGUGCCACUGCCACUCCUGUUGAUCCAACAUGGGCUGCAACUUGAACUACUGACCUUUCAAGAGCCGCUCAUAUCCACAGGGACAACUGAAGUAUGUCAGAUAUUCACCGCAUCUGAAGCCUGUGACUGACAGGUUUAUUUCAGGUGAGUCCAAAGCCUGAAUCCUCCUGGCUGACCCUGUAUAUUUGGCAGCCAUGAAAAGCAACCACUAUGGCGUGCUGCAGGAAUCCUGCAUAAAUGGUUCUUGGAGUGCAUCAGUGCUGCAUGAAAAGGAAGACCUGUGGGCACUUUGAUGGGCUAUUAGCAGGCAGAAAACACUGAAGCUUUUGUUCCUUCUGAGAAAAUUGCUCACAGAAGAUGUUGUGCAAAGAAAAAGGGUGCACUGAAUGUUGAGCCUCUUUUUAUGCAAACCUCUAGCAACUGUGGUUUUAGCAUGUACAAUACAGUGCAUUCUCUCCUCCCUUUCAUUUUUUCAUUCUAAACUGAAGUAGCAAAGAAGUCAGUCAGAGUUGGUUCGCUCUUGUUUAGCCAUAGACUGUGUUUCUGCAAACUUUUUUUAUAUUGGUGUAAUGACAUCAAAGGUAAGUAUCUCACUUACAGCAUCAAUUGACUCACUUGUAUUGCCCUUGCGUAUAUCUACAUGUACUUCCUCUCCAAGCUACAGCACAAGAUAAUUUCCUUUCUGUUGUGUUUCAUUCUUGUUGGCUUUUCAUGUUUCAAUGUUGUUUUCUGCUUUAUUUCUGCAUACUCAAGUGUCUCUGAAUGUAGAGUGGCCUACAAAUUUGGGGAUAAAUAAAUGAUAUUCUAGGAGGCAGGGCUCUGCAUGUGAGCCCUACAGAGACUAUGGCUGCAUUCCUAUACCUGCAGUACUGGGCAUAAGCCAUGUUGGACUUACUUCUGAGUCAAAAUGGGUGGGGUUAGGGAAUAAGCCUCACUUUCCUGUCUCCUCAUACUCGGGCAAAAAUCCCCCUUAAUUCUAGAAGCUGUCCCUGUGCCACUUGCCAGACACUUUGAACUACACUGUUAACAAUAGGGAUUAUCUUCUGCACAUUUAUAAGAAGUGAAUGUGCACAGCACAUAGGUCGUUUUGUUUGCAGUGUCUGGCUUUUUGUUACUGUUCCCUCAGUGCAUUCUUUACAUUUCCAGACCACAUAAUUAUUCCUAAUUUACUCUUCAGGCAAUAUUCAUUGUUAUGUGUGAAUGGAGAGAGUGAGUCUCACCCCCCUUCCAUUACUUUCCAAGGCAUAGUAUAGCUUUUCUAGGUUAGAAAUGAGGGAGACCAGGCCAGAGAGCACACAAACCACCAGCUCCUGACGGAACCAUCAACAGCCUGAGAGAACUGUUGGGGCAGUUCCUCCCACAUCUGCCUUGCAGCUCUCUGUGACCUGAGGAAAGGCAGAAGUGAGGGAGGCCAGGCUGAGGAGCACGCAUACCAUCAGCUCCCAAAAGAGACAUCAGCAGCCUGAGAGGACUGUUGGGGCAGGUGUUUCCCCACCUUCCCAAGGGCUGCCAAGAGCUGUGGGUCCUGCGGAAAGACAGAAGCAAGGAAGCCCCGUCAAGGAGCACACAUACCAUCAGUCCUCAGUUGGCCUGAGAGGACUGUGGCACUCUACCUUUUUAUAUAAUGUAUUUGUUUUAGGUUUUUAAAAUUAUAAACUGCCUUGGCCAAAGGUGACAUAUAUAUUUAACUGAGAGAAAAUUCUGAGAUUUCAAGCAAUGCCUUCCAUCCAAUAUGGGCAGGGUAACUGGUGGGUUAGACAGGACUGUGGAAACUUGCUGAUGCUUGUGAAAGUAAUAUUCUUCACAGACCCAGAAAAAAAUGGAGAAAUGGUCUGAGCAAAUUCUACAGUGCACCUGUUUUGCUUUCCUCAUAUUUGGAUUGGAUGUGAUCCCAAGCAAUUGCCCUCUAUUGAGAAAGGAGUAGUUGGCACACUUGAUGAAAACUUACCCUAGAUAUGUUAAAGGGCAGUUCCCUCAAGGUGCAUACUUAAGAUGUGAUGUGAUGUCUUAUCACACAGAAUAGAACCAAACUCUCCAAACUACCUUGGGCAAACGCCAACAGAAAGCUAACCUUUAAAACCCUUUGCAUCUUGGGAAAGCCAGCUUUCUCUCCCAUCUGAACAUUCCUGCAUGUUGAUAUCUAGUAGUGACAGCGGAACCAUCUUCUGCAAAAAUAUUAUCCAGAUCUAGAACAUCUGUCUUUGUUUUUACUGCAAUUUUCUUUUGCGUUUUUGAACAUAUUAUAGUUAGAGCUGCAGUGGCCACUUGCCACUACUGUCUGAAAAUGUGAAUUUAUUUAAAGGUUUUAGAUAUAUGGGAUGCGGGUGGCGCUGUGGGUUAAACCACAGAUCCUAGGGCUUGCCGAUCGGAAGGUCAGCGGUUCGAAUCCCCGCGACGGAGUGAGCUCCCGUUGCUCGGUCCCUGCUCCUGCCAACCUAGCAGUUCAAAAGCAUGCCAGUGCAAGUAGAUAAAUAGGUACCACUCCAGCGGGAAGGUAAACGGCGUUUCCGUGCGCUGCUCUGGUUCGCCAGAAGCAGCUUAGUCAUGCUGGCCACAUGACCCGGAAGCUGUACGCCGGCUCCCUCGGCCAAUAAAGCAAGAUGAGUGCCGCAAUCCCAGAGUCGGUCACGACUGGACCUAAUGGUCAGGGGUCCCUUUACCUUUAGAUAUAUAGCAUGUCUGUAUUGGAUGCUGGACCCUGUCUUUCUUAUAAUCAAAGGAUUGGAAGAAUCUAUUUCUCUCCCCCCCACCCCACCAAUUCAUAGCCAAAUUUUCAACCUGAUUUCGUGACUGGGACCACAGAAGUGAAGAAUGGUGUUUCUUCCAGAUAAAUUUGAAUGCAUGGUACUAGUGUGCAAGUGUACGUGUGUGUGUAGAAGAAAAAUGAAAUAGUGAAGAAGGAACAACUCUUUGAUUAUGAAGACACCUCCAGUAAAACCCCUUUCUCAAUUAUCCUUCCAUUUUUCCACUUGGCACCUGAUGUUUGCCUAAAACACCCCCCCCCCAAACCUUGGGCUUGGAAUUAAGUGGAAAGAAGAUAGCCUUUCCUACUGUGUGGCAACCUGAGAAGCACAGCCUGUAGAAUAUCCCGUGUCUGUAUUGAAAUCAAUACAUCAAAUCCCUGCAACUGGAUUUGUACACGCUGUCAUCUGAGAGUGAAUUUUAGACUUAUCAGGAGUUUUGUUACAUUUGGUUUUAUUAUAAGUGGUUUCUGUCAAAUUAGCUAAAUGAAACUUUUCAGAAAGGUUACCACAAAGGAAAAGGAAAACAAAUGCACUCUCCCACACAGAACAGCCCCACAAAGGAACCCCAGGAUGCCUUCUAGGGCUGCCUAAUUAUACCCUCCAAUAAAGGGAAAUGAAACAUUAACACCUGCAAGUGACUUAAGGCCACCAUUUCUUUUUUCCUGCUAUUUCUUUCUGAAAUCAAAAGCGGUAGUUACAAAACGGUCAUUAAAUGAUUUCAACAGACCUUGUGUCCUGAAACUAUUAUUAGAAGUUAUAGAUAACAGCUCAGAAGCUGGAAGUGGAAAACAGGAGCAAAGCAAACUAUGUGUGCCUACAUGGAGUUUGGUGGGGUGGCUUGUCUCAUGGCAUCUCAUCUGUGCCAGUGGCGUGCCAAUGGCCCUUGUGCACAUUGUACAACAGAUCCAGGGGCUUUCAUGGAUUGUUUACAAGCAGAAGAGUUCACAUAAAUGAGGGAAUCCUGUUGGUACACAAGAUCCAAUAUAAUUUCCUAAGUCUUUUCCAAAAUAUUACUUCUAGUUUUGUAUAAAAAUCCUCCAGGCAACAUUUAUCACAAAAUGUGGCCAGUUAAAUUAUGUCCAUCUUACAUGUUGCAAAGAUGCAACUUUUGCAUGGUUAUAUCAUUUAUACCUGGCAAUUUGGGGGGGUGGUGGAAUCUAAGUAGCAUAUAAUGGUGGGAAAUGGCUCUAAAAGUUUGCUCAACUAACUCAACCAGUUUCAUAUUUCUGGCACCUACAAAUUAACUGAAAGCAGUCUGCUUAAUUUCCUUCAGGGGUCAGUAUCUGGCAUCCAACAGCAAAUGCCUUCAGUUUCACUUUCCUCUUCUCCUUGUUAACCUGUUGUUGCUGUUGUUGCUGCUGCUGUUCAUUUUAUUUCUAUACCGCUUUAUAUUUUUAAGGGGGGAGGAAAUCUCAAAGUGGUUUACAACACCUUAAAACAUCAAAUAAAACAAUCCAGAAUAAAUGCUACUGAAGAAAGUCAAAUGUAAAGUAUACAUUCAAAGCAACAUAAUUAACAAGAAAUUAAAAUAUUAUCUUAAAUGUUUUAAAAUCAAAACAUUGAUGUCAACAACUUAAUGCAGCCAAGUUAACCAAAAAAAUUUCUUAAACAUUUUUUUUAAAAACUACAGGAAGUCAAAUAUAAAACACACAUUUAAAAUAGUAUAAUUAAGAAGAUAAUAAAAUAGUCAAGUAAAGCAUUUCAAUUUGUUAUACUUGCUUGACAUUGUAAAUAAAGAGGAAAAUCAUCUAUGCAAACUAGUCACUUCCUCUUACAACAUUAAUAAUGUGUCGCAUUCAUAUUAUAAAAUCAAUGAGAAGCUCAAGUAUACUUCUUUUUUGUUAUGGCAUGCCUUAUUAUCUGAAAGGGGAAACAGCUCCAAAAAUUGGGUUGACCUGUGCGCUUGUGAUUUUCUUUCAACUCCUGGGAUAGUCUCAAGCCCAUUACUGACCUUUAUUAACUCUUAGGCUUUUGGAGGGAAAGAAGUCUUUCUUUUGGAGGGAAAGAAGUAAGACUUUAAAGCAGGGUUGGCUAACCUGUGGACUUCCAGAUGUUGCUGGACUACUACUUCCAUAAUCCCUGACCUUUGGUUAUGCUGUCUGGGACUGAUGAGACCAUCUGAAGGACCAUAGAUCUGCCACUCCUCCUUUAGAUUUUAAAAUUACAUUUGUAUCCUUCCUUUCCUCCAAGGACCUCAAGGUAGUGUACAUGAAUCAACCUCUUUUCAUGUUAUCCUCACAACAGCCCUUUGAGAUAAGUUAGGCUAAGAGACUCUGACCGGAUCAAAGUCACCCAGUGAGUUUUAUGGCUGAACAGGCAUUUGAACCCUGGUCUUCCAGAGCCUAGUCUAGCACUCAAGUCACUACAUCACACUGGUUCUCUUUAUAGUGUAUAUAGCAGAGAUAGGAAAAAUCGUGCCUUCCAGAUGUUGCAGGACCACAACUCCCAUGAGCCCCAGCCACUAUGGUCCUUGGUCAGGUACAAUGGAAACCAUAGUCCAACAAUGCCUGGAGAGCAUCAUAUUGUCAACCACUGGUAUACAGUAUGCUUUCAUGCUACUAGUCCCACUACUCCAACAGGCUGAGAAUAUUGCUUACAGAGGGUGCCAGAUUUUGAGCAAAGCUCUAUCCUUACAUCCUAGUGUAAGGCCACACCAUACAUGCAAGAAAGAGUCCUAAAGAAGAAUGAGAAUACUAUGGUGCCAACAAAAUUUAGAGACUGAGUCACUCAUGUAUCAUUUGGGCAUGUGGGCAGCUUGCAGAUGCUCCAAGUCACAUGCGCUUUCAUGGCUGUGUGACAUUUAGAAGUGUUAAGUGACCUCGGGAGAGAUUAUUUGCUAGGCCAAGCCUAGCUAGAGAGAAAAAGAACAGCGUGCUUCAAUUCAUCCUAAAUAACCUUGAGCAUUAAAAAAAGAGAAUGAGUGAAUGAAUGGGCAUGGAACAGGAUAGUGACUACAGCCAAGGCAGUAACAAACUGCAGAGUUUAAAGGGAGGGGGGUUAAUUCAAUUGUCCCUCUUUUCCAUCAGGAAUUUAGAAAAAAAGAUGUAAUCUGUGCAGUAAUUAGAGACUAAGCUUGGCGCAGAUUAACCCUGAAAUUUUUAAUGAUCUUCCCCCACAAAAAUGGGGGCUAUAAAUUAUUCAAGGGACCAAUCAGAGGCAAUUCAUCACUUUUAGAUAUUUAUACUUGGUUUAUCUAGGAUUCUUUGAUGAAAUCAUUAGCAUCAAAAUGGGAAUCAGAGCCCUACGGUUGGAGGUUUUUUUGCAACUGCAAUUUUUUAAACACAAACAUUAAUGCCCCUUAAGGAAGUCGCUGUAGCUGGAACAAAAAAAAUGGUCUGGCAUCAAAAAUUAAUGAGAUGUUCUUAAAUUAUGAAUGUGAGAAAGUUAAGAGCUGCUUGGCUAAAUGGGGCUUGGAUUAGAGUGAGUCAAUACAUUUGGAGUAAUGAAGAUACUUCUGUAAAUAAAGUGGGUGGUUAUUGGCAAGUUGUGGAAAGCAUGGGGGGAGGGAGGCAAGGUACCAGCUAUGCAAGCCUGAUCUCCAUGUCCAAAUUAACUAAUUAUACAGAGAUUAAUGAAGGGAGACAAAAAGUACAUUUGGGCUGGUUUCCAUUUAUUAAAUAAUUAAGAAGGAUCAGUGUAAUAAGUUAUGACCAAAUGAAAUGUGGUUUUGAACUUGCCAUUACAAUUCUUGUAAAUAUUUUUUCAGUAAGAAGAAUAAAAGAAUAAGAAUAGCAGGCACAAGAAGAGGCAAGGUGAACUCUGUGCAUUUCCUCUCACAUGGUGGUAAUGACAAAAAUUGACCCUCAUUCUUAUUUGACGUUUGGUGGGAUGGGGAACAUAAACUGGUGUCCAUGAAAGUUGGUUUUGUGGGGCUAAUAGUAGCUGUGAGGAGCAAUAUUUAUUAAUGGAAAAGUAACUUCAUUAGAGCAGCAUCAGAAACUGGUGUUUGGAAAAUUUGCUCUCCUUAACGUAGGAAUCAAAGUCCCCCAACAUACCUAUCUCUUCAGAAGAAGGCAGUCCACUGAACGGGAAAUACGUAUUUCAUACAUGGCAGUGAAUCAGGCUUGCACUUGAAUAGUCUAGCAUUUUUAUAUUGUUGUAACCUUCCCUGGGACCUUAUGGUGAAGGGUAGGAAAGAAUCCUGUCAGUCAACCAAGCAUUCGCUAGAAUAAAUCAUUUUUGGUUGUUGUCUGAAAGCAUCAGAUGUUUGCUUUUCUGCAUAGCAUGUGGCAAAUGCUAUCAGUAUUAUUUUGAACAGUGUAUUUGAUCCAAUGUUCUGCUCUGACUUGAAUAGAAAUGCUUCUGUUUGUGCCAGGGGGCUUGGGAAAGUGCCAGUCUUGUAUUCCUCCCCUCUGCAGUCCAUCUCACUCUGAAAAGAUGUCCCGGGGGGUAUCCCAAUCCUCUGGAGCUAUUUUUUGGGGUGUGGGAAGCAGCUUAAGAUGGGGGAGCAAAACUACAAACAUAGAAGAAGGAUCUUUGGCAUCAAGCCUAUUAUUCUAGUUUCAUUCUAGUAAAUGAAAAACAAUUUCCCCUUUUUUAAAACAGAUACAGAUAGAUGGUAGAAAUUAUUCCUGGAUAAAGAAUGCAGCAGAUCAUUUUAUCAUGCCUAGUUUGAUGUUCUGUCAGCCACUGGGAGAAAGUGUCUGCAUGAAUUAAUCAGUUGGAUGAAUUUUCUACUCCAGAGAGGAAGGUGUCACUUGGUAAGUUUUCCCUCAGUGGAAGACAGAGGGAAGUGUUUGUUUAUUUAUUUAGCUAUUCUUGAUCUCCAGUGCAGUUCUGUAGGCAGUAUCCAGUCAGAACUCUCAUAAGUUAAACAAAAAAACAUUUAGGACCAUGGACAGUUCCAAAGCCACUUGCUAAACCACCUGCUAAUGAAGUUGGAUCUGAAGCCUUAUGUCAGGGGGAGCCAACAUGGUGUCUUCCAGAUAUUGCUGGACUACCAGAUAUUGCUGUCAUAAUCCCUGAUUAUUGGGCCAUGCUCACUGGGGGUCAUGGGAUUUGUAGUCCAACAACAUCUGGAGGGCACCACAUUGGCAAUCCCUGCUUUAUGUAAACUCUUGUUACAGAACUUAAUUUGAAGGAAAUAGGUGGGGCAAUGGUUGUACACAAGAAUCUUCUGAUCAUGCACUUACUGUUACAGUAUGAAAAAAUGUUUGCAUUCUAUUUGUGAUUAAGGAUCUGGUCUUAAAAUUGUAACCCGGAGAAACCUUCUUGUUGUUAGUAGGGUCAGGGUUCUUUUUAGACACAAACUGUAAUAACUGCCUUUGACCACAGAGUUCUAUUUCCAGAAACAGAUGUCUUUCUAUUCAACAUCCCUGUUUCUUCAUCCCUGAGGACUUAAAAUGUUUUUACCUGUUUGCCAAUGUAAUAAUUCCGCAGUAAAGGGUUUGCUUAUGAAACUCUGAAGCUAAAGCAGGGAUCUAUUUCAGAGGGUCACAAACUGUUGUCUGUGGACCACCAGUCCACUAGUGGACUAUGAGCUUCAUGCAGGUGGUCAGUCUGUGAAGAACAGUAAUAAUUUGAAUGUGAUAUAACAAAAUACAAUAUAUUAAAAAUAAAAGAAGCAACAAAAUACAAUUUAAAAAUUAUACAGCGUUUAGCACAGUGCAUUACAAUUUGUGCAGCAGGCUGAAAAAUCCUUAUGUGGUCCACCAAGACCAACAGCAUUUUUCAAGUGGUCCGUGGUGGGAAGCUUGGAAAACACUGAUCUAUUUAAUCCAGUGCUGCAAACUUUAGUUGGCCCUACAAGUACUCUGGCAGAAGUUUCUCCCUGCAAUCCUUUAAUAUUGGAUAUAUCAGGGAUUAAACUAGUGUGUGCAAGUCUCCACCAUUUAGCCAUGGAAUUUCCAAUACUCUGUUAUUUACUGUCACUUCAAGUCUGAAAGUUGAUCCCCUGAUGCAUAAAAUAGCAUAGAAAAUUGGGCUAGAUGACAUUGGUAUUCAGGUGCACAUUUGAAUGUGGAUGCUGGGGAACCUGUGGUCCCUGAUCUGCCGCAGAAGCUGCUCCUUCUUGUGGGCUCAUUACCUGAGGUUAUGGAUAUUUUAUACAUUCAAAACACAGGCAAUUAAUUUCAUCGUAUAGUAUUUCAUCAAUUUUGCCGUUAGAUUUUUUUAUUUAAGCAGCAAAAUGUUAUCCAUGUUAAAUAAUUCUAGACACUGCUUUUGGGUGUUAAGGAAAAUAAAAUGUUUAUUGGGCACAAUAAAGUUAGCAAUAUUUAAGGGCCACUGGUUUCCAUGAGAAAAUUUAACUGUGUAUUUAGCUUUCCUAUUGGCAUUUAUAGGACCAAAAAGUGCUUCUUCUGUAGCGCACACAUUGUAUAUGGAAUGUUAACCUUUAUAUGCAUAUACUCGGCAUAUCUAUGAUAUUUAUUACCAUGCUCUUUUGAGCAUAUUCAGAAAAGCGAAUAAAAUGAAUGCUUGUUUUCUGAAAAAAAUGUUUUAUUUCAAUUCUACUUUUAAAAUAAUACUACAUUUAUCUCUAAUUGUAUGAUCAAAUUCACUUCAUGUAUAUGUACACAUAUGCUUUGGUGCGGCUAAUAUAAUCCAUAUGCUCUACAGUAAUCAAAACCAAUAACAAGAAAGUCCAUAAAUGUGCAAAUAUUCCUAUGACGUUUCUUGUAUUUAGGAUGCUCACAAUCAUCAUAUAAAUAUAUAAACUAUUGCAGUGAACUUUCUUCAUUACAAUCAAUUUAGCUUCUCCAUAUGCGUCUUGGCAGACCUGCAAAAUAAAAUCCAAACGAGAUUCAUUUGCAUUUUUGGAGGAAAUACAUGGGAAUUCUAAAGGGCAAUAUAUUCUUACGCAUAGAGACAAACAUCAUGAGUCACAUAAAACCUUCACAAGCUCCUGCUAUGUGGGGGAAGAAAGUCUACAGAUCAGCCUUGUACCGAAACAGGGUGCUAUUAAAGAUGGGUAACCCAACCAACACACUUGUAUGUUGGUACAGUCCCACAAGACCAUACCCACCCAUUUCUCAAUAUGGAUGAGAAAUGCACAUAGUGGGGUUUUUUUGUUUCUUAAUGUGUUACUAGUCACAUUUAUUGUGCUUGCCCAUCCCUGGAUUGGGGCCAAUGAGACUUGUAGACCAAAACCCACUGAGUCAUUUUGCUUUAUGCUUUCAUUGGAUUGUUUGCUAUGAUAUUGUGCGGACUUAGCUAGACAUGGUGGGUGGUGGGGUAGCAGGGGAGGCAGAUAUGUUUAUUCACAUGCCAGCCCUGUUCAUUUUUAAAGCUGUCUCUAAUUUUCGCAUCAAAGGGAGACAUGGGUGGGGAGCUGGACCAUGAGACCAUUCUAAGAGCUUUGCUGGAUUAGGCCCGUGGCCCAUCUGGUCCAGCAUCCUGUUUUCAUAGUGGCCAACCAGAUGCCUAUGGGAAGACUUAGAAACAGGACCAAAGUGCAACAUCUGUCUCCUGUGGUGUCCAUAAACUCCUACCCAGAGGCAUACUGUCUCUAACUACCCUGUCCCUGGCUUAUCCACACUCUUCUUCUUUCAGAUAUUUCCCCCUCUUCUCAGAUAGUAUCUGAAACCUUUUAGAAAAUCAGUUUUAGCUGCUGUUUGUGCACAGGUGGAUUGGACCCUGAGUGGAUUUUUGUGAAUAUUUUAUCAAGUUUAUACUAAAAAUGAAAAGAGAAAGUGAGAGGGGACAUUUCAAUAACAAAUUGUUCACAAUAUAAUGAUCCAGUGUAUCAGCAAAAGCAGGGCAUAUACUAACAAGUCCUAUAAAAAUCUCUGCUCUUCCUUAUGCAUUAUCAACUUGCACCAUCCAUCCAAAGGAAAAAUUAUUUGUCAACCCAACAUUUCUUCUGAUUUAUGCAUCUCUUUCACUAACUUUUGACAACAUUUUAUAUCUGUUGGGAUCAUCCUUCGUUCCAACUGCACUCAAAGGCUGGAGAAAAUUUGCUGUAUUCCAUCUCUGUGCAACCUGUGAUCCACAAAAUUAAAUGUAAUCCACCCCACACAUAGGGUGAUCCUUCAGGGACUUGAUAAGCCUCCUUUUAUGCUUAUUGGCUGGGACAGCUUGUGGAAUCCCCAGACGAUCACGAUACAUGGCUGGAGAAUGCAUUGGGUCACAAUUUACAGAACUCCCCAUAUGAAUUUAAAGUAGCCUGUUUCUGAUUGGGCUAUAGGUCUCAUUGGCCCAAUUAGCAAGAAAUGCAAAGGAAGUUCUGAAAAUGUCUGCUCAGAACCUUCAGGGAUUGGGAGCUGUUUCUGGCACAUUCCCAGAUGUCUGAAUGUAGAUAGCUUGGUGGAUCAGACAUACUACCUUCAGUGAUUAUUUUUGUCCUAACUAUGCUCCAAGGAGUUCGAGGGUGGGGGGACAUAGUUUUCUCACCCUACCACUAUUAACAUCUUGAGAGAUAGGUUAAGCUGACAAAGGUAAACUGGCCCAAGAUCACCAAAACUAACUUCACGGCUGUAUUGCAAAUUGAACCUGGGUCUCUGUGGUUCUAGUCUGAUACCACGUUUGCUACCUGAGGCGGCAAGGAAAAGAUGACACUCACCCAUUCCAUGACAGUUGGAUCUUAUUACAACAAUGGUGGAGAGACAAAAUCAUAUAGGGCUUAGGGGCCCUAUAUGAGCUCAUGUGACACACACAUCACUGUCCCCCCAACAUUUUAUUGCCACUCCUCACCAACCAGCACCUGUCAAUUGAGGCAGCUGGCUCACUCUCUCCAACAGUAGAGCUGGCCUUAAUUAUGCUUUUUAUAUAUAUAUAUGAUUGUGAUAUUCAAUUUAUAUCCUUCCCUUCCUCUCAAAAGGAGCUCAGGAUGGCAAAUGCACAAACAACAAACCAAUUAAAACACCUAAGAACAUCUACUCUAAAAAAAAUAAAAAUCUUAUGGCUGAAAGCUGCUGUUGAUAAGGAAGGCAAAAGAACAUAUGAAACUUCUAAAGUUUUGCUGGAGAUAUUCUGAGUACACAAGUGUACUUGCAUUCCAAUCUGAGUAAUUACACUCUGCCUACACAAAUUCUCCCUGCAGUUUCGUUUGGAAAUGUUCCUUCGCUGUUCCUCUCCUAAAGAGUGAGCUUUGCAACUGUGGGUGGAUGAAAUGACACUGAAACCGGCAAGAGCUUGUCCUCAGUUUUAAGUGCACAGUGCCUAUUAGCUCAAUACUGUAGUCUUACUGUUAAGAACAUCAUGUGCCCCAAAGAGCCAAUAAACUAUUUUGAUAACAAUUAAUGCGAAAAGUUGCCAGCGCAGAGUGUAGUGUGUGCUAUAUAUAAAAUAUAAACAGCAUAGGGUGCAUCUAUUAAUAAGCAUUUUGUGUUGUUUAAUAGGCUUAAGAGUGCAAUCCUAUCACGAUCUACUCAUCCUAUUGAGUUCAAUGGUAAUUACAGUCAUACCUUGGGUUGUGAACGUGAUCUGUGCGGGAGGCGUGUUCGCAACCCGCAGCGCCGCGUCUGCGCAUGCGUGUGAUUCGGUUUGGCGCUUCUGUGCAUGGCGUCAUUUUGUGUUUCUGUGCAUGCGUGAGUGCCGAAACCCGAAAGUAACCCGUUCCAGUACUUCUGGGUUCGGUGUGGUCCGCAAGCCGAAAACGCGCAACCGGCAGCAUUCGUAACCUGAGGUAAUACUGCACUCCCAGUUAAGUAUGAAUAGGAUCGAAGUGCAAAUAGGUUGCAGUCUAUUGGUCAAAGAAUCUUAAUCUAGAAAGCAGAUAAUUAUGCUGAAUUAUUUCUAUACUAAGUAAAUGUAGAACUAUCUAUAUUCUCUUCCCUUUGGAAGAGAAAGUGGGCCACUUUUAAAUUUCUACUAGUUAAGUUCUAGGUAUGAGACUUUGUCUCUCCAUCACCAUCACAAUUAACAAAUGGCAGCAUCAAAUAGUGCUGUCUUGAUAAAUAUCCAGAACUUCAGGUUCAGUUAGAUUAUAUCUAUAAUAACCAUGUAUCUGAGGGCUUCCUUUUAUUAUUUCAUUAAUGCAUAGCAGCAUACCAGCAAACUGAUGCCCCAAAAUACACUUUGACAUAACAAAAGCUUUUCUCAUUUUUCCAUUACAGUAUUGUUCAUGGGGAACCUGGUGCUAAAUCAUUCGUAGACGACCUGAUUCUGGGUCAGGGUUUUGUACGUAAUUAUAUCAAUCCAGAGCCUCAAAACUGAACCAGAAAAAGGCAUACAGGAAAGUCUGUGAAUCUAGCCUCAUGGUCUGAGAUAUAUGUCACGUGUGUAUGUAUGUUUUAUAUAUUACAUAUGUUUUAUUAUACUGUAUUAUCUUUGCUUGGUUGCUAUGCCUUGUGUCUUGUUAGCAUCCCAUUUCAAGGCAGCAGCCUUACUCCCAGCAAUAUUUGAGUCAUUUCCACUGUCUGCUGGAGGGUUCCUAAUUUGCCCAUGAGGCCAUGUCCUCAAAACCCCACUCACCUGUCAAUCAGAUGACAUCACUUCGAUGGGUGGGUGACAUCAGCUGAGGGUUCAAUUAUGUGUUGGCUGUGGGCACUGGCUCCAUGGAAGAAACUGGAGCACACAGCCAAUGUUGCAGGGUUUAACUCUUGCUCAGGGUAAGUACUGCUCAGUUUGGCUGUGCAAGCCAGUUCCACGCAGAGAACUACCACAUGCAGCCAAUGCAGCAUGUGGUCCUGACAAUGUUCCCCCAGAAAUACACAAUGCCGUAUCCUUUUAAGGAAGUAUGACUCUUCUGAAACAUAGAAAUCACAGAAUUGUAGAGUUGGGAGGGACCUUGAGGAGCAUCUAGUCCAAGCCUCUGCAGUGCAGCAAUAUGCAGCUGUUCGAGCCAUAUGGGGAUUGAACCAUGCUCUAACCAACUGAGCUCAAGUACUGUAUAUUAAUUUGUCAGUGGCAAUUUAAAAACAAUAACAGGGCAGUAUUCUCCAGUUAUUGCUGAAAUCUGCUUCUCUUAAAAGAAAAGCAUAUGCAUUGGAGUUUAAUGUUCUCUUUAAAAAAAUAAUGCAGAUUUGAAACUUCCAUCUGCUGCACCUCAUUUGAGAAGCCACGUAUAAUGAAAUCAUCAGUGCUGGGAAUCUCAAGCAAAGGGGUAGAUUACUUGCAGGCUAGAUGUCUUGGCUGGCUGUGUCUGUCAUGUAAUUAAACACUGACUUAAGAUUCAUACAUGCAAAGGGAGAUGGUGGACGUUGUAUUAGCAGUGCUUAGUAUAGCAGUGCUUUCAAGCGCUUUGUCCUUGCGACCUCACUCACGGUCUUUACAUGCAAUUACAUGACUGGGAUUAGGCUAAGGUUCUUUAAAUAUUUCCAGCGGAGAACAAGCAAUUGUGUGCUGUAUGCCCAAAGAUGCAUGAAAUGUUUCCCACUCAACAAGAAUCUAAGCCAGAGACCAUGUGAUGUUUACUCCUCGGCUGAACCCAUUUAUAGACACAUUACUCACCACUGUCCCAGUUAGUAUACAUGCCCCAUUAUUUUUAUUUUUUUAAAGUUCUGUUGCCCUUUAUACUGUUUGGAAAAAGGCAAAGUGAUGAGGCAUUGCUGAAUUAUACUGUUAAAAAUCCCUCUGAAUCUCACCCUGUGGGUUAUGGGCAAGAUGCAUGCACUUGUUUGCAUAGUGCAUGCCAUUAACUUCCAAAUGAAUCUGUUAUUUGGCCCAUGUCAGUGAAUGGGGGGGGGGAGACAGGUUUAACAGAAGAAAUAUGGAAGGAAUGACUUUCUUUAGACACUGAGAAAUAUUUCGUUCUUAGAACACUAAAGCAGACAAACGAAGCUUUUGAAGAAGAGAAAUGAACAAAGCAAUCCUAUAUAGAUGAAACACAAAAGUUCAUGAAGCUUUGUAGGCUGCAGAUAGAACUGGUGCCAAAUGUUUGCAUUAUGAAUGAAAGCAGAAAAAAGUUCAUAAAACUGUGUAUCUCUUUCAGGCCCUAUCCCUAGAAAGGAGCUUCCUGGACUCCACUCAGAAUCCAUCUAAUGUGAGCUUGCAUCCUUACCACCAUUACUUUCCAUAUACAUUUUGAUUUCAGCAGGACCUAUGCACGACUCUGCAACCACAGCUGUUUAGCUGGCAAGGAAUGUUUUCCUUUGUGGGAAGGCAAAGUGAAAUUCUUUUCAGCCAGCAGCACCAGGUGAGACCACCUUCCUGAGUAAAUUAAUACCGUCAGCAACCGCAGUCAGAAUGAGAAAACAAGAGGCACUGCUGCAAAUCAAAAGUUCUGCAGCGAUACUUGAUAGGUGUAUUUUUAAAGCCACAGUUAAGUGCUUACAAUGGGGAAAAUAGAGAAAUGAACAUUUGGCAGGAUGAGGCUCAGUCUUUCCUGAUUGAUCAACAGCCAUCAGUAGUUUUUAAACGUCUAAUUCUAUAGGCAACUUUUAACGAGGCUGUGUAAGUAUGGACACUCUGGUCUCCAGCUGGCAGAAAUGCAACAUGAAGAGUGUCAGGCUUGUUCCAUUUUCUCAGCCUCCAGCAAGCACUUGCAAUUAUGAAUCCUUUGGCUUUCUUUUUGGUCCCUGCUGUUGCUAAGUAACAGAAGUAUGUAGACCAAUGCCGAAAAGGCAAAGGCAUUUCCCUCUCCUGUUGCUGCAGCAAAAAUGCCCUACAUUGCAGUAAAAAAGAAAAAGGGGGGAAAGAGAAAAGAGGGAACAGAAUAAAUUGCAAAAUGUGGUGUGAAAGUCCUCUUUUUCAGCUUCAGCUCUUAUUCUCUCUUGGAAUCAUAGGGUUGGGAAGAGACCUCAAUGUAAUCUAUUCCAACCCCAUGCAGAAGAAAUCUACCUACUGCAAACUUUGGUAACAGUUACUUUGACAGUGACAUCAAUUAAAACUUCAAGGCCAUUUUUCCAUUUACAUUGUUGAUCUAACUGGACAUCGUUUUGUUCAUGCAAAUGCUACUGGUUCGGGCCAUGGUGUAACUGGACAGGUUCUACAUAUUAAUUUCCAUCAACUAAUCCUAAAUCUUGGACCAUAGUCCUUUAAAGCUAGCAUAGAUUCAUAGAAUUGUAGAGCUGGAGAUGCUCUUCAAAUGCUGCCUGUGUAAAGGUGUCGCCAUAAUAGAUGAAACUGAGAGACCACUUUGAGAAUGUGUGUGUGUGUGUGUGUGUGUGAGAGAGAGAGAGAGAGAGAGAGAGAGAGAGGGAGAGAGAUUCUGUUUUAGCUCAUUGGAAAGGAAGAUAAUCUUCCCUAUUGAUACUAACAUUGGUGGUCAGUGGAAGAUGUGAGUAAACUCGCUAUGUUAUGUCAUGUCCCCACUUCAUAUUGAGAAUGAUGCUAAAUGUUUUAGCUGAGUGCACUGAAAAUUUGUUACAGUGAUGAUAAUUUCAAGGGUGACCAUAAUGAACAGCCCAGCUCUUACAGGCUAUAUAAAAAUAGGGACACUUUCAAGGAGCCAAUGAAAGGAUGUAGCUCAAUGCUGACACAGACACAGAGACACAGACACAGACACACACACACAGAGAGAGAGAGAGAGAGAGAGAGAGAGAGAGAGAGAGAGAGAGAAACAUUUCUAGCAUCCCAGAAAACAGGAACUCAGAAAUGGUUUGAAUGUUACUAACACUGCCCAGUUUUUUGGGAGUAAGCCCCAUUGAAUGAUGGAGCUUCCUUCUGAGUAAACACACAUAGAAUUGUGCUGGCUUGUAGGUUAUCAGUGAGAGAUAAACAAUUCAGUGACUUCAAAUUCACGGUGCCGAUUACUCUCUGAGAAGUGCUGGUAAAUAUGUCAGCUCUAACCUAUGUCACUUCAGAAUGAAAUAAAGUGUAUGUAUCAUGACGUUAGCCUCCGAUUGGAUGGUCUCCCAGUGCUGAUUAUGUUAUAUGUAAUAUCAAACAAACACUGGACAUGGCAGCUCUUGGUUUGCCCGGCAGGUGAUUAUAUUUUCCUGGAAGUUUUAUUUAAUGGUGGAUUGACCUCAGGGUCCCUCCAUCUUUGGCUGUCGAAUAAGAGUUGCAAUAUCAGAAGGUGCAAAAAUUACAGAGCGUAUUAAACAGGGAGGAUCAGGCAAGCUUCAGAAAGUAUUUUCAAGUCCCCUGUGAGAGUCCACAAAGUGAUUUUUUAAAGUGUAAUCUGGAUUUUUUUUUUUAAUGAGAGAAAAUUGUAUUCCACUCACAUGCUGCGAAGGAUUAAAAAAAUCCUAAGGGUGAGCUAGACACAUACUAUUCCUUUGCACCAUUGCAAUUUAAUAUUAGGAUAAGCAGUUAUGUUUAUAGUUGAGAUUUUGAAUAAGGCCUCCAUACACGAAGGGCAGAGCUGUGAUCCCUCAUAGUUCAGCUGCAAAGGAGUAACUUUCUGAUGAGGCACCUUCAGCUUUCAGCAACUGACAGAAUGGUGCUAUUCAAUGAGAAGGGUUAUUUAACUUAGAUACUAUGGUUUUUGUUUUGUUUUUUGUAUCUGCCCCAAAUCCCAAACUAUUCUCAGAACAAGAAAUAGCCAAGAAAAACAGUGUUACUCUCCUGCUGUUGAAUAAGAGAUAAGAACAUAUUGUGAAUUUACAUUAUUAGUAAAAAGGAAAGGGGGGGGCAGGAAGGAAAUAUGUUUCUGGUUGUCAGGGAAACCCAGAAGGCCAAAUUAUGAACAGAGCUGAACAGUUUCCAUAGCUUUGAUACUUAAAUGAGAAAAUGACUAGAUUCAUUUCUCCAAAUGAGGUUCCUAGAAGGAGGCAGAUAUGAAGAGAGAUGCAUUAAGGCUGUCGUGGCUAAAUAGAACUAAAAACGUCAAACUUUGAAUAAAAAGGUCCAAACGAAAGUGACAUCUAAAGGUUCUGGCCAUGCAUGGCUCAGUAAAACCAACCGCAAGGAAGCUUUUUAUACUAUAUUUAAUAAUUAGAUCUUGAGCGCCUCCUUGAGGAACCAACAAGUCCUGCAGAUCAGAGCAACUUCUGCUGCUGAAUUCAGCUGUGCUUAA